AUGAGCCGUUCAGGACCUAUUCGGAACGAGGACAACUCGUUUGUCAACAACUUCUGGGGUCCCACAGACUCAGGCUUCCGCAUAAUCCAAACCAAGAUGAAAGACUCACUCUCGACGCUUCAGGAAUUGCUCAACUACUACCAAGAACGGAUGGCUAUCGAGAAAGAAUACUCCAAGAAACUCGAUAAGUUGAACCAGAAACUCACACUUGGGUCUCACGAAACAGGGUCUCUCAAGAAGUCACUCGACAAGUUGAGCCACGAAAACACACAAAUGUCCAAACACACAAACAAGUUCGUCAAGUCCAUCAGCCACAUCAACUACGACAACUUGAGCGACUUCUAUAGCAUCUAUAGCAAGAAGGUGUCCAAGAUAGACCACCACAUGAGCAAGGUGAUCUCGCGGAGAAGCGACUCUGCGAAGACCCUCGAAGCCACCAAGUCAAAGUACCAGGAGGACUGCAUUGCUAUCAAAUCACUUCAUCUCAGUUGCCAGACCACCUGGGGCAAGGAAUUGGAAAAGAACGAGGCCAAGCUCAACAAGGUGUCGCAGUCGGUCAACCAAUCCAAGAAGGCUUACCAAGUGGCCUUGGCCCAGUACAAGGAACUCAACGACAUUUACAUCAACGACUGGUCGAUUGCUUUGCAGGAUUUCUACAAAUUGGAAAUCGAGAAGAUCCAGUUGUGCAAAGUCAACUGCUUCAAUUUCUGCAACAACAUCGCCACAUUGUGUGUGGACAAUGAUCAGUCGGUUGACGAAGCAAGAUCCAUCUUUGCAAAGAUCCAGCCACCUAAAGACCUUCAUGACUUCGGAAUCACCUAUGGAACUGGGGACAAAAUCUUCCAAGAGCCUCGAUUCAUUGACUUCCUGAAAGGAUAUGAUGACGAGGAUGCCAACGCUAAAAACUAUACCACAGCCGAUUAUGCAACGCCAGAUUACCAACCAAUUCUUUCUAGAACUUACUCGACCUACUCACAUGCAUCACAGGCUUCGCCUAACCCCAGAGCUAAUCACUCCUCCACGAAGGAGUUACCUCCAUUGGCACCUCCAAACAGUGCCAAACAGCUUCCUGCCGUAUCCUUACCACCACCCGAAUUUUCUUAUUCUCCCCCCAAGACUCCAUCACCUUCAAGAAAGCCACCACCACAAAGCACUGCUACUGGCUCAGUCUAUUCAUCAUCUCCAGAAGAUAAGAACGAUGUUUUCUCGAUGCAUAAGAAUGAAGACGAAUUGUCUAGAAGCAAUGGGUCAUCCAAUUAUUCAAACCCAACCAACUAUUCCUCAAACUACUCUACCACAGAAAGACACUGGGCAUCUCCUAGAAGAAAGGAAAAACAAUUAAACCAAUUCCAGGAACAAAUAAACCUCAAGUCUAAGGAACUUCCAACAUUGUCUUCUCACAUACCAAAGCUCGCAGCGGAAAACAACAAGUCCGUUCCUAUUAUGAAGGACUUUUCCAUUGAUUUCAUUGCCAAAGCAUUGGAAGACUUAAAUUCCGGUGGAAAUGGUGAUAUCUCACAGUACAGAAGAUCUGUCCGUAGAGCCAAGGCUGAGGAACAAUCAAGAAAUCCAAGCUCCAAGUCUGCUCCAGCUACCCCAUACAAGCCAUCUUCGGACUACGUGGACGAUCGUGACGAAGUUGCCGUUCGUUAUGAGUCCAUUAACUUCUCCGCACCAGGUCAAGGCUAUAAUGCGGCCACCCUGAGACCAAAGUCUAUGCUCGAACCUUUUUCCACGCCCCAGACCAACCAUUCCGCAAAGAUGCAAAGGCCCAAGUCGAUGUUGGACCCCUUCGAGCCUUCGUAUCAAGAGCACGAUGAUCUGGCCACCACAUGCAUAGUAAAGACCGACCAACGCCCAAGGAGAACUUUACUGAAAUCACCUACCAAAUCGUACACCAACCUCCACUCAAUGAUAGAACCAGAAGUCACACCGGUAUCAGGAAGGCCAUAUGUGGCCAAGGCCAAGGCCAGGUACACAUAUAAACCUCAGCACCACGGUGAGCUCUUUUUCAAGAAGGGAUGGAAUAUUUAUAUUCUUCAUAAACAGGAAGAUAACUGGUUUUUCUGUGAAUUGGGUGCCAACUGCUCAGACCAAGUUGGUGCGGUAGGUUUGGUCCCAGGAAAUUAUCUUAUAGAGGGCAAUGAUGUGUUUUAG